AUGAAGAAAACUGGAAAGCAAAGGGAAACUGGAAAGCAAAGGGGAGGGCGUGGUGGGUGGGGACACCCGAGUAAGGUCUCGGCGGCGGAAAGAGGCCCUUUUGGAGGGCAGGGUUCUGUGGGACGUCUGAGAACUUGGUGGACAGUCACAUCCUGCCACUCGGACAGGGAGGAGUGGACUUGGGGCGACCCUCUGGCUGACAGUUGCUCCUGUUUUGUCUUUUCUUCCCCCUUCCCGGCCACCCUCCCACCCCCGCCAGCCGUGGUCCUCGGCCUGCCCAGCGCCCGGGCCGCCGAGGACGCCUGCACCAGCGCCUGCCCGGCAGCCUGCGCCUGCAGCAGUGUGGAGCGCGGCUGCUCCGUGCGCUGCGACCGCGCGGGCCUCCUGCGGGUGCCGGCCGAGUUCCCGUGCGAGGCGGCCUCCAUCGACCUGGACCGCAACGGCCUGCGCUUCCUGGGCGAGCGGGCCUUCGGCACGCUGCCGUCGCUGCGCCGCCUGUCGCUGCGCCACAACAACCUGUCCUUCAUCACGCCCGGCGCCUUCAAGGGCCUUCCGCGCCUGGCCGAGCUGCGCCUGGCGCACAACGGCGACCUGCGCUACCUGCACGCGCGCACCUUCGCCGCGCUCGGCCGCCUGCGCCGCCUCGACCUGGCCGCCUGCCGCCUCUUCACCGUGCCCGAGCGCCUCCUGGCCGAGCUGCCCGCCCUGCGCGAGCUCGCCGCCUUCGACAACCUGUUCCGCCGUGUGCCGGGCGCGCUGCGCGGCCUGGCCAACCUGACGCAUGCGCACCUGGAGCGCAGCCGUAUCGAGGCCGUGGCCUCCAGCUCGCUGCUGGGCCUGCGCCGCCUGCGCUCGCUCAGCCUGCAGGCCAACCGCGUCCGCACAGUGCACGGCGGCGCCUUCCGCGACUGCGGCGCCCUGGAGCACCUGCUGCUCAACGACAACCUGUUGGCCGUGCUGCCGGCCGAUGCUUUCCGCGGCCUGCGCCGCCUGCGCACGCUCAACCUGGGCGGCAACGCGCUGGGCCUCGUGGCGCGCGCCUGGUUCGCGGACCUGGCCGAGCUUGAGCUGCUCUACCUGGACCGCAACAGCAUCGCCUUCGUGGAGGAGGGCGCCUUCCAGAACCUCUCGGGCCUCCUGGCCCUGCAUCUCAACGGCAACCGCCUCACCGUGCUCGCCUGGGCCGCCUUCCAGCCGGGUUUCUUCCUGGGCCGCCUCUUCCUCUUCCGCAACCCGUGGCGCUGUGACUGCCACCUGGAGUGGCUGCGGGACUGGAUGGAGAGCUUCGGGCGCGCCGCCGACGUGCCGUGCGCCUCCCCGGGCUCUGUGGCCGGCCUGGACCUCCGCCAGGUGGCCUUUGGGCGCUCCUCCGACGGCCUCUGCGUGGACCCCGAGGAGCUGAACCUCACCGCAUCCAGUCCAGGCCCGCCCCCAGAGCCAGCGGCCACCACAGUGAGCAGGUUCAGCAGCCUCCUCUCCAAGCUGCUAGCCCCGAGGGCCCCACUGGGGGAGGCCGUCAACACCACCGAGGGGCCGGGCAACACCUCGCUGUCUGACAGCCUUCCCUCCCGGGGUGUGGGACGCUCGGGCCGCAAGACCCCGUUUCUCCUGGGCUCUGGUCUUCUGCUCAGCCUGGCUCAGCACGUUUUUGUCCUUCAGAUGGACUGACCCUUCUGUACUGGGGUGGCCCAGACUGCG